AUGAAUGCCGGGCUUGCUUGGCGGUGGUGGUUACAUGGGUUGACGCCCUCGCUCUAUCUAGAGGAGCUCUUUUUAACGGCGAGAGGUCCAAUCAGGGAGCAAACAGGGUCGCUUUUACUUGUCCGCGCUUCCGCGCGGCUUGCAUACGCUUUAACCUGCACUGAGUCCACAUCCUUUCCUUCUUCGGGAGCUGAGGACUUGCGGUGGCUGUUACAAGCACACAUCGUGAGACCGUUGAGAGUGCACAUUCGCCAAAGGACGGGUCGUAAGCAGACGGAGGAUGCAAAAUCCACUCUGACAACUUUUUAAUGAAACCGUACUAAGCUUGGCAACCAAGGGCUCCCGGGCAUGGGGUUGGGUUGGAUAAUUGCUAUUAAACUCGCUGAUGUUGUGGUAUGCAUCCGAUUGAAAUGAGACUGGCUGCCAAUGAGUUAUAGCGUUCCAAGCACGACAGUCGUAGAAAUCGACGGAUUCAGUGUUUGACGUGGGCCGCCCAGGCAAUUGCAUGACAAGUAUAACCCUCCCAUACACCCCAGCUUGGAGAGAUUCUUUAUUAUUGUCAAUCAUUCGCAUUUCAAUAACCAACCUACAGUUGUCACGUCGAUCCAGAUUGGACUUGGCGCCGCGCAGCAGACAGGAGAGUCACUGUAUGCUUAUGCUUAUGCUUAACAGUUGACCACUUAGUGAGUUUGUCAGAGUAGGUAUGUAACUUAGUCCAAUCAUCAGGCGUCAUGGUUGUCUACAGUAUCUCAGUGGGAAUUCUGC